CGCUCGGUCUUUCUCGCACACACGCACGCGCACACACCGCAGCGCGCGGUGGCGAGGACGGAGUGCAUGCAGGAGCUGGACUACUUCAGCAAGCCAUGGAGGGACCUGUCUAAAGAGGAUCCGACUUAACUUUCUCAUUCGGCAUUGUUAUUUUUUUCAUUUUUUCUUCCCAUUUCUCCUUCUCUUCCUGCCCCAUACUUGUGGUCAGCAUGAGUGAUAAUUCCGGCCUUGGCGUUCCAAAGCCGAACGCCCGCUCCAGCACGUCUCUUCCCCCGGAGCCGAUCGAAAUAAUCCGGACCAAAGCCCGGUCCAGACGGGUGCGGUUAAACGUGGGCGGGCUGAACCACGAGGUGCUGUGGCGGACGCUGGACCGGCUGCCGCGGACGCGGCUCGGAAAGCUGCGUGACUGCAACACGCACGAGUCCCUGAUGGAGGUGUGUGACGACUACAGCCUGAACGAGAACGAAUACUUCUUUGACCGGCACCCUGGAGCCUUCACCUCCAUCCUGAACUUCUACAGAACCGGCAAGCUGCACAUGAUGGAGGAGAUGUGUGCGCUGUCGUUCGGUCAGGAGCUUGACUACUGGGGAAUUGACGAGAUCUACCUGGAGUCAUGCUGCCAGGCCAGAUACCACCAGAAGAAGGAGCAGAUGAACGAGGAGCUGCGCAGGGAGGCAGAGACACUGAGGGAGAGGGACGGCGAGGGCGAGUUCGAUAACACAUGCUGCUCUGAGAAGAGGAAGAAACUCUGGGAUCUUCUGGAGAAACCGAACUCCUCCGUCGCUGCUAAGAUACUGGCCAUCAUUUCCAUCCUGUUCAUCAUCCUGUCAACUAUUGCAUUGUCCCUGAACACCUUGCCUGAACUCCAAGAGACAGAUGAGUUUGGCCAACCCAACGAUAAUCCUCAACUUGCACAUGUUGAAGCAGUAUGCAUCGCAUGGUUCACAAUGGAGUACCUCUUGCGCUUCCUGUCUUCACCAAACAAGUGGAAAUUCUUCAAAGGGCCAUUGAAUGUCAUUGACUUAUUAGCCAUAUUACCUUACUAUGUCACUAUUUUUCUUACCGAGUCAAACAAAAGUGUGCUGCAGUUCCAGAACAUGCGGAGAGUGGUGCAGAUAUUCCGCAUCAUGAGAAUAUUGAGAAUCUUGAAACUGGCCAGGCAUUCGACUGGACUGCAAUCCCUUGGAUUCACCCUUCGACGCAGUUACAAUGAGCUUGGCUUGCUCAUACUGUUCCUGGCGAUGGGAAUUAUGAUAUUUUCAAGCUUGGUGUUCUUUGCAGAGAAAGACGAGGACGCCACAAAAUUCACGAGCAUCCCAGCUUCAUUUUGGUGGGCUACCAUCACCAUGACAACAGUUGGCUAUGGAGAUAUUUAUCCGCAGACUCUACUUGGCAAAAUAGUUGGUGGACUUUGUUGUAUCGCUGGUGUACUGGUCAUUGCCUUACCGAUUCCCAUCAUCGUAAACAACUUCUCAGAGUUCUAUAAGGAGCAGAAACGUCAGGAGAAAGCCAUCAAGCGAAGAGAGGCCUUAGAACGGGCAAAGAGGAACGGCAGCAUUGUUUCUAUGAACCUGAAAGAUGCCUUUGCUAGAAGCAUGGAGCUAAUGGAUGUUGUAGUAGAGAAAAAUGAAGACAAACCUUCAAUGGAUAACCACCUGUCACCAAGCAGGUGGGGCAUUCCCAAGCGUACAACCUCGGAUGCCAGCCUGAGGUCUUUAAAGAAGAAGUCUCUAGAAAGUUCAUCACAAGAGUGUAUCAAGACCUCAAGCCCACAGCACCUCAAUGCUCAGAAACUGGAGGAGAUGUACAACCAGAUGACUAAGGCUCAGUCCUUCUCAGAUCUCAACACAACGGCGUCAACAGAACCUGCGGAGGAGCCAAAACAGGAGGUGGAGUUAGAGAUGAAAGACAUGCCAGAACCUCAACCCAAGGAAAGAGCCAUCCCGGAUGUAAGAAGCAUAUCAAGUGUGGACAGCUUUGCAAGCUGCACUGCUGAAUUCGGAGAGGCUGAUAAGUCAGUUCCCCCUCCGGGUACAGCAGUCCAGUUUCAGCAAAGAUAUCCUGAAGUGCCUCCAUUUGUCGAGGUCAAACAGUUGAUGCCAUGCAACACGGCGAAAAAUGCAGAAGGUCCGUCAGAAAGUAACCAGUUUGAGCUUGAACAGGACAACCAACCCAGCAUCCAGGAAUCUUCCAGAGAGGACAGUGAGAACUUUGCUCAGUUUGUAGAGAAUACCAGAAGUUGCUUGCAAGGCACAAACCCAGCUAAGAUGAAGAGCCUCAAAGUAAACUUCUUAGAAACUCUUGAAGAAGCUCCUUUGACGCCACCCAACACUUCUUCGCCUCAGGAUAUUAGCAGCAGUCUCCUGGAGGACGACUCUCCAGAUGGAGAAUCUUCUCCUCUCUUUUCAGAUUCAGAACCACUGGCCACGAUCCCGGAGGAAGGUCUAGUCCUUUCCCCGAUAGUCCUGGCCGGUGAUUUCCAUCCGGAACAGACUGCAUUGCUCUUGCCAGAUGAUGGGGAACCACAGGGUUUCCAUCAGUCUGCAGAUAACCACGAGGAGAAACAUCUCAUGGAAGUGGCGGGCGCCGCCGUUCCUUUGCCCAAGCUUUCUUCACAGAACUGCACUCAGGAUGUGGUCAGCGAUAACGGGCAGGACAAGCCAGACAGUAACCAAAGUGGACACAAGGUAGAGAAUCACAUGUUUACACCAGAGAUACAUCUAAUGCCAGGAGACGGCAAUCUCUCGCCAACCUGUGAAACCAGCAUGUGACUGCGGAGGGUGGAAGCUGAGUGACAAAAAAGAGACACAGAUGUGCAGUGAUAGAGAGAUUUUGCAUGGCAUGAAAAGUCCCUUUUAACUGUGUCAUUGUCUAUAGAAAACAGUGUCCUUGCAGACAAGACUGGUGGAGAAUGCGGGCAGAAAAAGGAGGAAGCUCAUUCAGAGCAUAUUUAUCCAACAUGAACAUACUGCUGACGUGACAAUACAUUUGAACUUCAUUUUAUUUUAUAGCAACAAUGAGAAAUGCAGAGGGGGACAAAUCUUGAAAAGCAUGCAUAAAAAAUGUAAUUUUACGGUGCUUAGUUUGCUGAAAGCGCUCCACUGUAAAUACAGAGAGGACUAUGGUAAAGACAAUGCACAUAGCCACAGAAGACAAAAGAAAUGUCAAACUCACAGGAAAUAUUGUGCUUCAAAGACUGAAGGGUCAGUUCCAAAAUAGUGACAUACUGAAACAUAUCAUUAGGCUACUUAACAUGGAAAUGCAAUGUGUACCAUGACAAAGAUGUCUUUUUUAUUUUGUUCAGGUUGAAGUAUAGUCUGUAAUUAGGGCUGGGUAUUGUUCAAAGUUUUUCGAUGCUGAUACAGAUACCUAGACUUUGACACUGAUUCCUGAAUUCGACACCUUUAUUUAAAUCCAACAAAUAUUCAGAUUAAAGUCAAAAAGUCAGCUGUAGUAAGGGUGUCUGUUUGCUAUUUGUAUUUGUACACUAAUGUUCAAAAGUUUGGAAUCACUUUAUUGAUUUUAUUACUUUAUUACUUUAUUACUCUUUAUUACUCAUUUUUGCUAUUUUCUAUACAGCGACAACUUACAGUCAACAGUGCAAUCCAGGUUUAAAUACUCUAAGCUAGACAACAGAAGAUAUUUUUAGAUUUCCUGUUCAAUAUUUCACAUAAUUUAGCUGCAAGAAAAAUUCAAGGAUACAUAUUGUA